CGACGACCUCGUUGGUUUUAUGCAAACUCAAAAUUAACAAACUUCAAAUAUUGAUCUGAAAAAUAUAUUUGAAUUUCUCUGCAUAAUUUAAAUUAUGCUGAAAUAUUCAAAAUCAUUCAGGGCUGCCUAAAAAUAUUUCAAUAGAUUUAUUACUGGUCCAUGGGAUUUAUUGAAGAUGAGCUCGAAGAAGUUAAGAAAUUGUGUGAGCAUCUUGUCCAAGGAUGUAGACUUGUUACUUGUGUCAAGUCAAUGGUCAGAGUUGAAAUAAAGAAAACAGUUACCAAAUGCAUUGUAGUGUGCCUUCAAUUCCCUGAGGAUUAUCCGUCUUCGAUUAUUUUGAUUGAAUUAAAAAGCAAAACUCUUUCAGAUAAGCUUCUAAAUAAAUUGACUGUUGCUUGCGAACAAGAUUUAAAGAAGCAAUUUGGAAAACCACAGAUAUUGAAGGCCGUCCAGUAUAUAAAUAAUUUUAUUUCUGAAAAUCCUCUUUGUUCUUGUUAUGAUGAAAUAGCGCAGAUAAAGAAAGAGAUAUGUGAAAGAGACACAAUAAAAUUAAAACAGAAGACAUCUACAAUCCACUUGAAGCUAGUUGAAGGAAAUUAUUUUAUUAAAGUCAAACUUUUAAUUCCAGAUGAAUACCCUUCACAAUCAGUUGGAAUUGAGGCGAGUUCCAACUUUCCACCGAACAUGGAGAGGUUCCUCGUUGGGCAAGCAAAGGAGUCAGCGAGAAAGUGCGUUGAGCCACCGCUACGCCUGCCGCCUGGUAAAACUUUCUGCCCCCUCCCUUCCCUCCUCCCAUGUGCCCACUUCUUCAUCAGCGCAGUGAGAGUUCUACCUCGGCAACAUUGCCAGCUCUGCAAGAGGACAGGUCUUCCUACCGACCCAGAGGACGCUCAGACAAGUGAGUCAGCCAGUGACCACGUGGAACGGUUAUAUUGUAACCAUCUGUUCCAUCUUGAUUGCCUUAUUACUUACAUGAAAACACCGCCUUUUGAAGGAGGUAAGAAAUGUCCCGAUUGCGGAGAACGUAUUUACCAUGACAAGUGGAGGAUUUCUGACAAGAUGGCCGAAGCGAGAUGGGCCCAUCAAGAAGCACGUAAACGGGAGCUGGAAGAUGUAGCACAAGCCUUUUUGUAGUACAAUAGACCAUAUCCUAUCGACCAAACUUUCCGAUCGAACUCAACGAACAUAGAAGACACAAUACAUAUAAAUUUCAUAUUUUUCAAUACUGUUGAUACUGUUACACAAUAUUUAUUUUUCAAUAUUUCUCGUUAAAAAUGAUGUUGUUUUGUUUUAAAUAAUUAUUUUUGCUACCUCUCUUAAAAGCAUAAGCCCUGUAAAUAUCUUGUAAG